AUGGAGCUCAAGACCAGGAAGAGAAGAUCUACCAGUGUCUCUAAAGACCGCACUCUUUGGCCCCUGCCUGUUCCCUAUGACUUAGACUGGCUGCUUGAUAGCAACGCUAAGGGAGUCAUCCUGCAAGCUUUUGAGCAGUUGAGGUUGAAGACAUGCAUUGACUUCAGGCCUAGACGUAGGCUUUAUGAACAGUACAUCAAACUGACGUGGAGUAUAGGAUGCUGGUCUGAGGUCGGGAGGAAGCUUGCCUUGGCCCAGGAUCUCUCCAUUGGCACCCAUUGUGACACAGUUGCCACAGUGGAGCAUGAGCUCCUCCAUGCCCUGGGCUUCUGGCAUGAGCAGUCUAGACCUGACAGGGACAGAUAUGUGACCAUCAACUGGGAAAACAUCCAAACAGGAGAGGAAAACAACUUUGAGAUUGGCACCAAUGAUACCAACAGCACCAUGGGCACCCCGUAUGACUACUUGUCCAUCUUGCACUACCCCAAAAAUGCCUACACCAAUGGCAAUGGAUCUACAAUCAUCACAACGCAACCUGAGUACCAAGAUGUGAUUGGUCAACGCCUGGACAUGAGCCCUUAUGAUGUGGAAGAGCUCAACCAAUUGUAUGGCUGCAAAAACUCCAUCUCCUUUCUGGAGCACUACAACUUUGAUGAGGGCACACGUGAGGUUUUUUCAUCAGGAUGGAAGAGAGUGCGUAGAGCGGAUGGCGGUCCCCAUUCUGACCACACCUACCUGGGCACUGGCAAGCAGGGCACUGGUGUCUUCAUGCAUUUCAGCACCAAGACAGGCAAACCUGGAGACACAGCAAUAUUUAGCACAAGAAAGAUGACACCCAAAAGAAGUUGCAAGGUCCAGUGCCUUGAGUUUUUCUACUACCAUACUGCCAGUGAGAAAGAUCAGCUCAACAUCUGGAUAAGAGAGUUUGACAGUGUGAAUGACACUGAAGGGAAGCGUAGAUUCAUGGGACAAAUUAAAGGUUCCCCUGAUCGGACGUGGAAACUUCAUCAUGUUCCUCUGGAUGCCUCUAGGACCUUUCAGGUGGAGUUCGAGGGCCGCAAACGAUCAUGGUAUUCAAGCGGGGGCUUCUCAGUUGACGACAUCAACCUCUCAGAAACUGAGUGCCCCCAUCAAACAUGGCACGUCAGGGACUUUGAGAGGAAAUUAAGGACAAGUCCCAACAACACGUAUGUCUUCAGCCCAAAAUACUACUCUGAUGAGGGGUACAGGUACCAGGUAGUGCUGAAGCUGAACAUGGAUUUCUUUGGAGUCUAUGUUCGCCUCGUCUCAGGGGCAAAUGAUUACACACUGAAUUGGCCUUGUCAAUGGAGACAGAUAACCUUCAUACUACUGGAUCAGACAUCCCACAUUCAGAAGCGCAUGUCUCAACAAAGAAGCCUUACAUCAAGUGCUGAUGUGAACCUGUGGAGUGUCUUCAACAACCCUCGUGUAUGGGGAACUCGAGAAGACUUUUUUUCCUAUGGCAAUGACGCACAAGGUUAUGGUUUCUUCUUGUCUGCUAAAGACCUGAGAAGCAGGGAGUUCCUCAAAGGAGGUGACAUCAUUCUCCUCAUCUCUAUGAAGGACAUCUCCAGGUUGAAAUCCGUGGAUACCCUCCCCUGCCCUAGCGUAGCAGCGCAGACCUGGAUUGAAGAUACUAUCGAAGCAACUACCACACAGACAACAACCACAAAACGGACAACAACCACAAAACGGACAACAACCACCACACAGAGAACAACCACCACCACAGAGUCUCGCAGCUUUCCUGACCCUGACUACCCUGAUCCCAAGUGGCCGCCUUACAACCCACCAUACAAUCCACCAUACAACCCACCAUACAGGUAA